AUGGCCAGGAGUUCGAGAUCUAGCGCCGUUAAGGCCAACAACCAGCGCCUUGCUGCCGGUGUUUUCGGUCCCAUCGAGGCCGCGCGAGCUGAGCGACUGUCUGCGCGCCUGCUCGAGGUGGCCAGGCAGCCCAAGCCUCAAUCCUCGGAUACCAACAUGGGCGAGACCAACGAUGCCGACAAGGCAAAGGAUAGCCAGGACAAGUCCAAGACUGGCGACGACGCCGUCAUGGACCUGGACUCGUCAUAUAAGCCUGCCAAAUCCUCUGUGGGAAGGAAGCGCAUCGAGAAGAGGCGGAAGAAGACGGCCGGUAUCGUCUUUCCCAAGUAUGGAGACAUGAUCGCCAAAAAGAAGAAGGCGGCGACCAAAACCAAAUAA